GUUAAUGUUUAGGUGAGGCUGUAUCUGUAAUGUCAUUUGAUUAUGACUUUUCAGAGUGACAAGAAAAAUAGUUUUUUAUUUUCAAAAUAAAUAUUUUAUUUUUAAUACAAUGUGAUGUGAGAGAUGAUACAAUUGUUUUAAUUGAAAUGAUUGGAGUUCAUUAAUCGCUCUGCGAACAAAUGACUGAGGAUGUGAAAUCUCCAAUACACAAAUACUUAUUAUACUUACCUUCUUCCGUUUCAUAAUCAUAAAAGAUGAAUCCGUAUAAAGAUGUAGAAGAGAGUUCUUUCGUCGCGGCACCACAUCUUACAUAUGAAGAUAUCGCUACUAAGUUGCUUAAGGAUAACUUAUUUUUAACUGCCCUAGAACUUCAUACGGAACUUGUGGAAAGUGGAAAAGAGUUACCUCAGCUGAGAGAAUUCUUUUCAAAUCCUGGAAAUUUCGAACAACAUGUUUCACGCGCGUCAGAAAUGGGAACUAUUAAUCGAACUCCAAGUUUAGCGACAUUGGAUUCGCUGGAUACAGCAAGGUAUUCUGAGGACGGAGGUGGCGAUCGAGCUGGUAGUGGUUGUGAUGUUGCUGUUUUAGAAUUUGAACUUAGAAAAGCUAGGGAAACAAUAAACUCUUUACGAGCUAACCUAACACAGUUUGCUGAUGAAUCACCUCUUGACAAGAACAAUUCUGAAAUCGAUAGUCAAAGGACACUUAAACCACAUGAGAAAAAAGCUCUCAAUUUUCUUAUAAAUGAAUAUCUUCUUCUUCACAAUUAUAAACUAACGAGCAUUACAUUUUCUGAUGAAAAUCCAGAUCAGGAAUUUGAGGAUUGGGAUGAUGUAGGUUUAAAUAUUCCCCGACCUGCAAACCUUAUGUCUCUAUUCUGGGGAAGUACACGCAGCUUAAGUGUACCGAAGGCAGAUGUUGCAACAUACACAGAUUUCUCAUGCAUAGACAGUGAAUGCCAAACGGAUUUGGAUGAAAAUGUGUGUGUGAGUUGUCAGACUUUAGACCAUGAAACAGAUUGGAGCCAUGAGCUUCUAAUUCAGGUGGAAGAAAUAGAACUAUUGAAACAAAAAAUAAUAGCUCUCGAAACAGAAAAAUUAAAUUUCCAAAAACUAUAUGAUGCUGCCAUUGUUAGUCUCAACACGCUAACAAGUCCGAUGUCGGAGAGUAAAACACUGGAAUUACAAAUACCAGAUGAAAAAAUUAAUUCGAAUUUAAAAGAUCACUUAGAAGAUAUAAAACCUAUUACGUGCAUGGCUUUGGAAAACCAUUAUGGCAGCGGUAAUUCAACUCACAGUGCUACGCCUGAACAAUUUGAGAUGAUCUAUGGUGAUAAGAAUAAUUGCAUGUCAAAGAAGGACGGUUCAAACACCAGUUCGUUUGAGCCGGCUGUAUUGGACAGUGUCCGAGGAUCGCCGAGACGAGCCAGUGUUACCACAUUGGAUGAAACUCUCAGCAUCAACGAUGCUGGCGAAUGGACCAGGGUUCACUAUGAAUAUAAUACUGUAGACAAUAACAAAGAAAUGUGGAUCGACAGUGGUAUACCGAGUGCCCUGAAGGAUAUGAUAAUGGGUUGGUGUAACGAGGCGUUAGGUACAAACGGUCCAAUAAACAAUGAUUUACUUUUGGAUCUCGUUAAUAGUGAGAAGACAAUCACACUGUCAGGAUUAUUACCACUUGUCGCGGACACGCUGCCGAGGGUGCUCCCCCAUACCUUAGUGUCUCGUCGCGGUGAGGCCGCAGCCCUGGUAGCUGGUGCAGCAGCCCUACUAUCUCCAGGUGACGCCAGGCGAUCCAGACUCCUGCAUACACUUCUCACACUAUACAAGAAACCUGAUCCCGAGGACGCGAAGAUCAUAUGCGAAGCAACACGUCUCGUGGUGAAGUGGGGCGGUAGUGGGGAGGUUCUGUCGUCUAUAGCUGAGCUGCUAGGUUCAAGGUCGUCCGAACGAAGAGUUCUAGCCAGUCAGAUCUGCUUGGCAAUAGCGCCUUAUGUGCCGAUAGAGCUGUGCACCUCACUGCUACUGAGUUUGGUGCUGCUGAUGAGCGAGUCGAGUGAAAUAGAAGUGAGAAACGUCGGGCUGAGAGCAGCCGUCCUCAUAUGUCCAGUGGCGGAACACAAGUAUGGACAGUUGGAGGAUUGCAUGUUUAACUUCCUGAGAGAUAAAGACGAGAAGAUAGUUAAGGAUACAGUGAACGUGUUUGUACCUGUCCUAGCGAGGAGUGCCAUCAUAUCUGGUAAAUUCUCAACGGAUUUAUUCAGCAAGGUGCUAGCGAAUUUGAACAAAUCUGGCUCAGACAAUGAACGGAGGACAAUGAUAAUGUAUUUGGAGGUUCUGCAGUCGUUGGCAUCCUCCGAACUGGUGUACGUGACCAAUGUACAACUGGUCAGGGAUGUGAAUUGUGAUAUUGUCAUGUCCGAAGUACCGUUGAGUGAUCAAAUAGAUGUAUAUAACAUGAGUGAUUCUGAUAGAGUGUUGUGUGUGGCAAUGAACCGCCUGCUGAAGGAAGAUCCCCAUACCAGAUGGGCCGAACUAAAUUGGUUCAUUGAUGUUACAAAACAAAUUUUAGAUAUAGGAAUUAAAUACAAAGCGUUGAACCAUCCGGCGGUGUAUGAAACACUUAUAACAUUAUUCCAUGCAUAUGUUGAUAAGUUCGGACAUGACUUCACGGCUGCUGUACUCAGCGGCGUGUUUACUGAGAUUAUAUUGGAUUUAGAGAAUAAAUUAGAGAAAUUACACGCCAUUAGUGUGGACAGUAUGGUCGUUGUGGGCAUAUACCUGGCGACUGUUUUGAUUGAAGUAGAAAGUGUCGAUCAACAAGCAGAGUUCUUACAGAAAUGGACUAUGUAUAGCAGUAUAAGGGGUUUGCCACCAAAAAUAUUAUCGAUUCCCUUGAAAUGGUUGUCUCAGCAGAGGCCGAGCACACUCAACACCUUCAUACAUCAUUUACGAGAAUUUGCAGCGAGCAGUUGUGACUCAUCAAGCGGCAGUACUAUACGGAUGUUCAUAGCUAACCUUAUAACGGAGUUUGUAAACACGACGGAUGUCAACGAGGACUGUAUCCACAACCAACUGUUGCCGGCCGUCAUCGCACUGCUCUAUGAUGAUGACGUAUCUGUCCGCGAGGCGGCGAUAACGUCGUGGGGCAGCGUUUCAAGGUCGUGUGUGAGUCGAGGGUUGUCCUGCUCAAAAAACUGCUGGCCGGCCUUCGAGGAGGUCGUACGGAGACCGCUGGUCGGCAGGGAGUCAGCGCGCGCAGCCGAGGCACUCGCUAUGCUGUUACUACCAACAGACGGACAAACAGUUUGCGAAAAAGCGGUGUCGGUGCUGUGCUCGUUGUCUAUGAGCGUGUCUGUGGUCGAUAGUGAAGUGAUGUCGUCUCUGGCACCGGCGCUUCAGUUAGCGUCGCAUCACUGUCCCCAGCACCCAGCACUACUACCAGCUCUCAGGAAAUUAGAGGAAAUCGUCCAAUCACCUUCUAUGGCCCAAUACAAGCCAGCAAUAGAAGCCCUUCUCCACGUGGCCGGUACUGAGGCUGUAGACAGUUCCCCUCGGUCCAGCAACCUUCAUACAGCGCAGGAAGUUGGCAGAAGAGUCACUCAGAUCUUCCAGCAAUCCAAAACCAACAUAAACCUUCCAAAUAUAUUUAGAAAGAAAACUUAGUAACAUCUUUUGUACUCGCAGGCUGCAUUACAGUGACAUGUGCGAGAGGCAGCUGAGAUUUAAAAAAAAAGUGGCAGUAGAAGAAAUUAUUUUUUUCAUAUAUUUUAAAUCAAAACCCGAGGCCGGUUGGACCAGACAUUUUUUUAAUACCCUUUAAGGUCAAAAAGGUUUUACUCAAUUUACCUCAUUUAUUAUGGCUUUCCUCUGUGCCGAAGGUUUUAAUUAAAAAUAAAAAAGACACUACCUGGUAUUAAACCAUUUCAUGUAAAACAGAUAGUAUCAAAUUAGUUACUUAAGAAACAUUAUUUUCAAUAUUAAUAUCUUAUUGGACUAUUGAUUGUUCAUAACUCUUCUGACAAGCACAGCUCUUGUUACACUGGAUAGAAUGUUAUACUCUAUAUACUUCUCCUACUGUUUAGUACCAAAGCUUCCGAAAUCAAUGUUCUAUCACCAAAACAGGCUGAUCACUGAUCACAGAUACAAUUAUUUUAUAGUAAAUAUUGUUAAAAAUAUAUAUUUUUUAUCUUCAGCAAAUUUCUACUGUUUAUAAAUAUAUCAUAGUAUAUUUUGUGAUGACAAUGAAAUUAUUAAGAUUAUUUCUCAUAUAAUUAACAUAUAGGUGUCAUUUAUUUUUAAUUUUAACUUAAUAAAAAAAUCUUCCUUGUUGUAUGUGAUGUGCUAUAUUGAUUGAACGCUUCGUACUUUUUACUUUAUUGUUUUACAUAUUCCAUCCAUUUUUCAUUAACAUUAAAUAUAUUUAUUAAAUUUAUGGAAAUCUACCAAUACAGCUUAAAGAAUUUGAGCUAUAUAGCUAUAUUUUUUUUAAAUCAUAGUAAAUAGGCGUAUGUACUUACUCACAACAUUCCUUAUUAGUUUAAAACCGGCAAUAAUAACAGCUUUAUUAUUAAUUUUAGUUCAGUACAAAAUAUUUAUAUAGUUAUAUAUAGCAUAGUUAUAAGUUGAACUCUUAGAUCCACUAACUAUUCCCUGGUGCUCUUCGUGCUCCCAAUUUUCACAUUGUUUUAAAAUUUCACCUCACUCGAAUAAAAGCUUAUUUUAAAAUAUAUUAAAUUUAUUGGCCUACACUAAUGAAAAUAAGCCUUAAUGUUGAAGUUACAAAGCUUUAUUUCCAUUGUUACUAUUUAUAUGCACUCUAUCGUCGUUUAUGCUGUGUUAAGUUUUAAAAACUUGAAAUAUUUAAAGUGGCAACAUUAUAAAAUAUUUGUAUAUAAUCUACCAGUGAAUCUCCUCGAUGCAAAAACAUUGUGUUUCGCUAUUUGUGAUAGGAUCUUAUGAAUGACAAAAAGAUGUACCUUAACAUGACAAUGUGACAUGAUCAUGUGAUAUAUGUAUAUAUAUUAUAUAUUUUUAUCCUCGUUGAAUCAAAUGCUGGAUGUUUCUGACGCAUGAAAUUUUGGGUUGUGUACUAAAAUAGUUUAAUAUAUUAUUUUUAAACGAAA